ACUAAAUAUCUACCUCAAAAUAAAAACAUACCAUAUUUGAAGAGACCUCUUUCUUCCAGCAGAAUGACACGACGAAACGAAGUAUUUCACCUAGAUUUCAACCAAGACCAAGGUUGUUUUGGCUGUACCAUGGAGGGUGGGUUCAGAAUAUAUAAUGUGGAACCUUUAUCAGAAAAGGCUCGUGUAGAUUUGAGUGAUCCAUGUCAGAUAUCUCAGACGCACAUGUUGCACAGAUGUAACUUGAUAGCCAUUGUAGGAACGGGGCCAGGGGCAAAGUUUUUCAAUGACAAAGUUUAUAUCUGGGAUGAUGUUCUGAAAAAGCUUGUGAUUGAACUCUCAUUUGGUUGUCCUGUUGUAAGAGUCAGACUAAGAAGAGACAAGCUUUUUGUGGUGCUGAAAACAAGAAUCCAAGUAUUUUCAUUUCCUAAAGAUCCAAAAUUGUUGUUUUACUUUGACACAAAAGAAAAUCCCAAAGGCCUCUGUGAAGUAUGUCCAAGUACUGACAGACCCUUGAUGGUUUUCCCCUCACACAAAUGUGGCAGCAUACAGCUUGUCGAUCUGACAAACAGACAGCCUGACACGUCAACUGCACCAUUUACAAUUAACGCACAUCAAGGCGAACUGGCCUGUCUGGCCAUCAACCAACAGGGUACCCAGGUUGCCACAGCUUCUGUAAAGGGUACGCUCAUCCGUGUGUUUGACACCCAAACGAAGAACUUGCUAGUGGAACUGAGACGUGGGGCAGAUCCUGCUACUUUGUAUUGCAUUAACUUUAGCCAUGAUUCCGCAUUUCUAUGUGUAUCAAGUGAUAAGGGAACAGUUCAUAUAUUUGCUUUAAAGAACACUUCUUUAAACAAGAGAUCAAGCCUUGCAAAGAUGGGUUUCUUGGGGCAGUACGUGGAAUCUCAGUGGGGUUUAGCUAACUUCACCGUUCCAGCUGAGCAGCCGUGUAUCUGCGCCUUUGGAUCUGGCAGCUCUGUUGUUGCCGUGUGUUUGGACGGUACAUUCCAUAAAUAUGUGUUCACUCCUGAUGGAAACUGCAACCGAGAGGCUUAUGAUGUGUUCCUUGAGUUAGGAGAUGACAACGAAUUCUGAAAAUAAAUCCACAGGACCCCAAGAAGACGCCAAGGAGCAGUCAAUGACAUCAAAUGACACUUGCGGUCACGUUUAGAAUUGAAAAUGGAACGUGGUACACGUGGUGUAGACUGAAACUCUCACGUGAUCAUUCUGGUACACUGGUUAGUCUCGUUCCCAGGUCUCUGAAGAGAUUUUUACACGAUGCCACUUUGUGAUGCCUGGAACUAACAGUUGCGACAAAAUGGAAGGACUAAAUUGAAAUUUUAAUGACGUACAUAGAGGAUAGUAAAGCUUCACAGUGUAUAGAUAACUUUGAAUGAAUUUGUGUAAAUAGUUGAUUUUAAAAUGUGAAGUCAAGAGCUUUUUAUUUAUAAAUCUUUUUGGAAAGCAA